CCCUGCCCACCCGGCCGCCGCCUUCCCUUCCCGCGCCGGGGAAAGACGCCCCCCCCUCCAGUAUAGUCUCCCCCUUGGGUGCCUCCAUCUCCUGGGGAGGGUGUCAACACCUGGAGAGCCUAGUGUGAGGGGUCCGGGAGGCGGGGACCCGGGCGCCGCGACCCGCCAUGGCUCAAGCGGCUAAACAGCUUAAGAAAAUCAAAGACAUCGAGGCGCAGGCCCUUCAGGAGAAGGAGAAGGAGGAAUCCAACAGGAAGCGGAGAAACCGCUCCCGUGACCGAAAGAAGAAGGCCGAUGCUGCUACCAGCUUUCUUCGGGCAGCAAGAUCUGGGAAUUUGGACAAAGCUUUGGAUCACCUGAGGAAUGGGGUAGACAUUAACACCUGCAACCAGAAUGGGUUGAAUGGCCUGCACUUGGCCUCUAAGGAAGGCCAUGUGAAGAUGGUGAUUGAGCUUCUGCACAAAGAGAUCGUUCUAGAAACAACAACCAAGAAAGGGAACACAGCUCUGCACAUCGCUGCUCUCGCUGGACAGGACGAAGUGGUACGGGAGCUGGUCAACUAUGGCGCCAACGUCAAUGCUCAGUCUCAGAAAGGCUUUACCCCACUAUACAUGGCAGCGCAAGAGAAUCACUUGGAAGUGGUUAAGUUCUUACUGGAAAAUGGAGCUAACCAGAAUGUAGCCACAGAAGACGGCUUCACUCCUUUGGCCGUGGCUCUGCAGCAGGGCCAUGAGAAUGUGGUGGCUCAUCUCAUCAACUAUGGGACAAAAGGGAAGGUGCGCCUUCCAGCCCUGCACAUCGCUGCACGCAACGAUGACACUCGCACGGCUGCUGUGCUCCUACAGAACGACCCCAACCCUGACGUGCUUUCCAAGACGGGCUUCACCCCCCUCCACAUCGCUGCUCACUAUGAGAACCUCAACGUGGCUCAGUUACUCCUCAACAGGGGAGCCAGUGUCAACUUUACACCACAGAACGGCAUCACGCCACUGCACAUCGCCUCCCGCAGGGGCAAUGUCAUCAUGGUGCGGCUGCUGCUGGACCGUGGGGCCCAGAUUGAAACUAGGACCAAGGAUGAACUGACACCUCUCCACUGUGCAGCUCGGAAUGGGCACGUGCGAAUCUCUGAGAUCCUGCUGGACCACGGGGCACCCAUUCAAGCCAAAACCAAGAACGGCUUGUCCCCAAUUCACAUGGCGGCUCAGGGAGACCAUCUCGACUGUGUCCGACUCCUCUUGCAAUACAAUGCAGAGAUAGAUGACAUCACCCUGGACCACCUAACGCCUCUCCAUGUGGCAGCCCACUGUGGCCAUCACAGGGUGGCCAAGGUCCUCUUGGAUAAAGGGGCCAAACCCAACUCCAGAGCCUUGAAUGGCUUCACUCCCUUACAUAUCGCCUGCAAGAAGAACCACAUCCGGGUCAUGGAACUGCUGCUAAAGACUGGGGCUUCCAUUGAUGCUGUCACAGAGUCUGGCCUGACACCACUCCAUGUGGCCUCCUUUAUGGGGCAUCUUCCCAUCGUGAAAAACCUCCUGCAGCGGGGGGCCUCGCCCAACGUCUCCAAUGUGAAAGUGGAGACCCCAUUGCAUAUGGCAGCCAGAGCAGGACACACAGAAGUGGCCAAAUAUUUGCUCCAGAACAAAGCCAAAGUCAACGCCAAGGCCAAGGACGACCAGACCCCACUUCACUGCGCAGCUCGAAUUGGCCACACCAACAUGGUGAAGCUCCUGCUAGAAAAUAAUGCCAGCCCCAACCUGGCCACCACUGCUGGGCACACACCUCUGCACAUCGCAGCCCGAGAGGGCCAUGUAGAAACAGUCAUGGCCCUUCUGGAAAAGGAAGCCUCCCAGAUGUGCAUGACCAAGAAAGGAUUUACCCCUCUCCAUGUGGCAGCCAAAUAUGGGAAGGUUAGGGUGGCCGAGCUGCUUCUGGAACGGGAUGCACACCCAAAUGCUGCUGGGAAGAAUGGCUUGACCCCGCUGCAUGUGGCUGUCCAUCACAACCACCUGGACAUCGUCAAGCUGCUGCUGCCCCGAGGUGGCUCCCCGCACAGCCCCGCGUGGAAUGGCUACACUCCUUUGCACAUUGCUGCCAAACAGAAUCAGAUGGAGGUGGCCCGAAGCCUGCUGCAGUACGGGGGGUCAGCAAAUGCUGAGUCUGUGCAAGGCGUGACGCCUCUUCACCUGGCUGCCCAGGAGGGACAUGCAGAGAUGGUGGCUCUGCUGCUCUCUAAGCAAGCCAAUGGUAACCUGGGAAACAAGAGUGGACUCACUCCCCUCCAUCUGGUAGCACAAGAAGGCCACGUUCCAGUGGCAGACGUGCUGAUCAAACAUGGUGUCACCGUGGACGCCACCACCCGGAUGGGUUACACUCCUCUCCAUGUGGCCAGCCAUUAUGGAAACAUCAGACUGGUGAAAUUUCUACUACAACACCAGGCAGAUGUCAAUGCCAAAACCAAGUUAGGAUAUAGCCCCCUGCACCAAGCGGCCCAACAAGGACAUACAGACAUUGUCACUCUGCUUCUCAAAAAUGGUGCUUCUCCAAACGAGGUCAGCUCGAAUGGAACCACACCUCUAGCGAUUGCCAAACGCCUGGGCUACAUUUCUGUGACAGACGUGCUCAAGGUUGUCACAGAUGAGAGUAGUGUCCUGUUAGUCAGUGACAAGCACCGGAUGAGUUUCCCCGAGACGGUCGAUGAGAUCCUGGAUGUCUCCGAAGAUGAAGGAACUGCUCAUAUAACUAUAAUGGGGGAAGAGUUUGUUGGAUCCAAGGCUGAAAGGCAAGAUUCCAGGGAUGUGGAUGAAGAGAAAGAACUGCUGGAAUUUGUGCCAAAGCUGGACCAAGUGGUGGAGUCCCCAGCCAUCCCCAGGAUUCCCUGUGUCACACCUGAAACUGUGGUGAUCAGGUCCGAGGAACCAGAACAGGCAUCUAAGGAGUAUGACGAGGACUCCCUCAUCCCCAGCAGCCCAGCCACAGAGACCUCAGACAACAUCAGCCCAGUGGCCAGCCCCGUGCAUACAGGGUUUUUGGUGAGCUUCAUGGUGGAUGCUCGGGGAGGCUCCAUGCGGGGGAGUAGGCACAACGGCCUAAGGGUGGUGAUCCCACCCCGGACAUGCGCAGCACCCACCCGCAUCACCUGUCGCCUGGUCAAGCCCCAGAAGCUGAGCACACCACCCCCCCUGGCUGAAGAGGAGGGCCUAGCCAGCAGGAUCAUUGCCCUGGGACCCACUGGGGCCCAGUUCCUGAGCCCUGUGAUUGUGGAGAUCCCCCACUUUGCUUCCCAUGGCCGUGGGGACCGGGAGCUCGUGGUGCUGCGGAGUGAGAACGGCUCUGUGUGGAAGGAGCACAAGAGCCGCUAUGGAGAGAGUUACCUGGACCAGAUCCUCAAUGGGAUGGAUGAAGAGCUGGGCAGCCUGGAGGAGUUGGAGAAGAAGAGGGUCUGCCGAAUCAUCACCACCGACUUCCCCUUGUACUUCGUGAUCAUGUCCCGGCUCUGCCAGGACUAUGACACCAUCGGCCCUGAAGGGGGCGCUCUGAAGAGCCAGCUGGUCCCAAUGGUGCAGGCGACCUUCCCAGAAAAUGCUGUCACCAAGAGAGUGAAGCUGGCACUGCAGGCUCAGCCUGUACCAGAUGAGCUGGUCACCAAACUCCUGGGCAACCAGGCCACGUUCAGCCCCAUUGUCACCGUGGAGCCAAGGCGCCGGAAGUUCCACCGCCCCAUCGGGCUUCGAAUUCCACUCCCUCCUUCCUGGACAGACAACCCCCGGGAUAGCGGGGAGGGUGACACCACCAGCCUGCGCCUCCUCUGUAGUGUCAUUGGAGGGACAGACCAAGCUCAGUGGGAAGAUAUAACAGGAACAACCAAGCUUGUAUAUGCCAAUGAAUGCGCCACCUUCACCACCAAUGUCUCUGCCAGGUUUUGGCUGUCUGAUUGUCCAAGGACAGCUGAGGCUGUAAACUUCGCCACUCUGCUAUACAAGGAGCUCACAGCUGUGCCCUACAUGGCCAAAUUCGUCAUUUUUGCCAAGAUGAAUGACCCCCGGGAAGGGCGUCUGCGCUGCUACUGCAUGACAGAUGACAAAGUGGACAAGACCCUGGAGCAGCACGAGAACUUCAUCGAGGUGGCCCGGAGCAGGGACAUAGAGGUUCUGGAAGGAAUGCCCCUUUUUGCAGAGCUCUCUGGGAACCUGGUACCUGUCAAAAAGGCUGCCCAACAGCGGACUUUCCACUUCCAGUCGUUCCGGGAGAACGGCCUAGUCAUCCCCGUGAAGGUGAGAGACAGCAGCCGAGAACCCGGAGGAUCCUUGUCAUUCCUGCGCAAGGCGAUGAAGUAUGAGGACACCCAGCACAUUCUCUGCCACCUGAACAUCACCAUGCCCCCCUGCACCAAGGGGAGUGGAGCCGAUGACAGGAGAAGGACUCUGACCCCGCUGGCCCUGAGAUACAGCAUCCUCAGCGAGUCCACACUGGGCUUUCUCAGUGGGACAGACCGGGCAGACAUGAAGACGGCCAUUAUAUCAGAGCACCUUGGCCUCAGCUGGGCAGAGUUGGCCCGGGAGCUGCAGUUCAGUGUGGAAGACAUCAACAGGAUCCGUGUGGAAAAUCCCAACUCCUUGUUAGAUCAAAGUGCAGCCUUGCUGAACCUCUGGGUCAUCCGGGAAGGAAAAAGUGCAAAGAUGGAGAACCUGUAUACGGCCCUGCGCAACAUCGAUCGCAGUGAGAUUGUGAACAUGCUGGAGGGUUCGGGCAGGCAGAGCCGCAACCUGAAGCCGGAUCGCCGGCACACAGACCGGGAUUACUCCUCGUCCCCCUCCCAGAUGAAUGGUUACUCCUCGCUGCAGGACGAGCUGCUGUCCCCUGCCUCCCUGCACUACGCGCUUCCCUCUCCGCUGCGCGCAGACCAGUACUGGAACGAGGUGGCCGUCAUAGAUGCCAUCCCCUUGGCUGCCACGGAGCAUGACGCCAUGCUGGAGAUGUCUGACAUGCAGGUGUGGUCCGCAGGCCUCACACCCUCCCUGGUCACUGCUGAGGACUCCUCUCUGGAGUGCAGCAAGGCCGAGGACUCUGACGCCACCGGCCACGAGUGGAAGCUGGAGGGGGCCCUCUCCGAGGGAGCCCAGGGCCCCACACUGGGCUCUCUGGACCUUGUGGAGGACGACACAGUGGAUUCAGAUGCCACAAAUGGCCUUAUCGAUUUGCUUGACCAGGAGGAAGGUCAGAGGUCAGAAGAGAAGCUGCCAGUUCCUAAGAGGCAGGAGCAGGACAUGGCAGGUGCAGGGCAGGACUCAGAGAAUGAAGUGUCUCUUGUUACAGGCCAGCAGAGGGUGCAAGCCCACAUCACAGAGUCCCCCAGUGUGAGCCGGGUCAUGGAGACCAGCCAGGACAGACUACAAGACUGGGACCGAGAGGGCUCCAUCGUCUCUUACUUGCAAGAUACUGCUCAAGGCUUCUGGCAAGAGGAGGUAACACAAGGCCCACAGUCCUUACAAAAAAUAGUCACCACCACCAUCAAAGUGCUGGAGCCCAGUGGGUCUCAAGAAUAUGAGAAGGUCCUCAUGUCUGCAACUGAACUCCUGCAGACAGAGCAGUCCAGGGCUAAGAGCCCCCAGGCUGACAGGGAGUGGAGACAACAAGGCCCCCACGAGUGGACACAAGAGGCCGAGAGCACCUUCUCCCAGAUGGUAAAGGGAGACGAGCUUCAGAAUAUUCCAGGGGAGCAGGUGACAGAGGAGCAAUUCACAGAUGAGCAGGGCAACAUUGUCACCAAAAAGAUCAUUCGGAAAGUCGUUCGACAGAUAGACUCGUCUGGUACAGGUGACACCCAGGAGCUCGAGGAGGUGAUUCUUGAAGGGCCCUUAGAGGACCCCAGUGAGAUGGAGGCCGAUAUUGCUCACUUUAUGAGCCAUGCCAAGGUGGAGCUCAGAGGGAGCAACCUGCAGCCGGACCUGAUAGAGGGCAGGAAGGGGGCUCAGAUAGUGAAGCGGGCCAGUCUGAAAAGGGGGAAGCAGUGAUAUUGAGCCCUAAGCCACUCAAAUGGCCUCUCUGGAGGAUCAUACUUCGACCCCCAAUCCCUGAACUCCACACACUUUGCCAUGCACACAGGAGGAGAGCGGGACGGAAGGCUGCAGAAGGGCACACACCUCCAGGCAUGACCUCUGUAAGGGGCUUCCUUUAGUCUCCUAUUCGCAUGAACGACUGGCAUGACUCCUCAAUCCUGCCUCUAGUGAUGACAACAAGGAUGGAUCUCUGCUGGGAAUCAGGACAAAAGCAGCAAGAAGGAGAAAAGAGAGAGAGAGAGAGAGAGAGAGAGAGAGAAGAAAGAGAGAGGGUGAAGGAUAGAAAACUAGCCUGAGCAAGUGCGUGAAUGCGAACAUGAACAAGGGCUCUUUUGUGGCUGGGGAUGAUAUAUUUUUUUAAAAAAUCAUUUUAGUUUUAACUUGUUACAGGGUACUCUUUUUUCAACCUCAUCUGUAAGAAAUCCAUGCGGGCUUCCUGGAAUAGGCAGGAAAAAUAUAAAAAAGAAAACUAGGUAUGAAACCAGUUUCACACCUUACCAGGUCCCUAUCUGCCAGUCUUCCUCACCUGUACCCCUCCAUUCCACAUCCAACAGUCCCCUCCUCCCACUGCGUGCUACAUGCUAUUCACACUCACACACACACCCACACACACACACACCUCCCCUCUAUUCAGUAUAAACACAGAUUUUACUGUGACAUCCGAAACUGUAUAGAAUCUCCUGUGGAUAAACUGGAGUUUUAUAUGUCAUAUCUCUCCCUCUCCCUCUCCCUCUCUCUCUCUCUCUCUCUCUCUCUCUGUCUGCCAGUUUCAGCAUCAAUCAUCUUCCCAUGGAAAAUAUUACCUUUAGAGUGCAUUCAGGGUUCCUUGUGUUAGGGACUUAAGAAUCUGUGGCAAGGGCCCCGUCCCCACCCUCACCCCCAGGCUUAGUGGUAAGGUAGAGGCAGCGGGGGAGGGGCAGUCCCCCAUAUGAGAGAGUCUUCACUCUCAAUGGGGGAGGGGUCAGAGGGGGCUAUGGCUGUCCCAGGAUUGCACCAGCAUGUUCAAUAGAGAAGAGGUUUUCUAUAUCUUCAGCACUUAUAUCAUAGUCUGUGUUCAAAGUGUAAACUGUACAGUAAUCAGCCUUGUGUAUAUGAAAAACAAUACAAACAAACAAUAAAUACUAUGCAAACCAAUAGAAACACUUUAGCAGUAUGUACAAAGCACUAAUAAUAGCUCAGCUCCUGAGGACUUCUCCGGGCUGUGGAAGAAGGAGCUACAUAGCCUGUCUCUCCGUGAAAGAGGAAGGAAGGGCAGGAGGGCUAGAGAAUGGAUCUGCCAGUUCUUAGAGGGCGACCGCCCUCCCCGAGCUCCCAGAGCGAACUUGGUGCUCUAACUCCAGGCAGCCGGCAGGUUGGGGGCAUCUAAGAUGGACAGCCUCGGUCUCCCCUCACCCCCCACCCUAGCCAAGUCCCUGAGGCCCCUCCACUUCACCAGGGAGAGGGGGCAAGGGGCUACUUCUGGACCACAUGCCCAGCGUGGGGAGGAGGAGGAGCAGGAGAAGGAGGAGGAGGACAGAGCCGCUGACCACCGGGAGGCCCGGGGCUGGGCUGGAAACCCGCCUCGGCUAAGCCCCAGUCUGGGGCAGCAAGGAAACUGCUGGCUGGCUGUUCUUCGCCUCGGUGCCAUCAGGGAAGAGCCUUAAAGUUACACUAGAGCCUCCGGCGGAGGGAGGCCCGAAUCAGCACAAUCCUGGCGCCGCCCUGCCGGACGGGCACCCCCUUCGGGCCAACAGAAGGACUACUGCUAGGCUCUUCUACUCGCACGGGAGCCUGGGGGGGCGGAAGUCCAGUGACCCUCCUCCCCGCCGCUCUGCCGGUCACAUUCAGACCUUCCAAGCCGCACAGAAGCUCCCUCCUUCCACGGCCCCGGCGCGCGCCCCCAGCCGCACGAGCCCGACGUCGUACGCCGCGGAGCCGGCGCCUGGGCGCUCAAGAUUGGACCGAGCGGGUUUCGCUUUUGCUUUCUUAGAGGGACGAGAGUGGCAUCAGAGCUGGCGGCCUCACUUCCCACCCACCUCGGGCUUGCAUGGAGGAAGUGCAGCCUCAGCCCCACCCCGGGAUGGGGGGUGGCGAGGGAGGAGCGCAGAGCUACCCGGGGAGGGGCCUUGGGAGACCCGCCCGGGAGACCCAAGUUCCCCCGUGGCCUUACGCCCUCCACUCCCGGGCCGCCGCGGCCGCCCAGCCCCGCAGGCCCUCGCAGAGCUCCCCGUGGGCCCCGCGGCUCCUGGCUAUGCUUUGGCACCUCGCUCCGUCUGGCUUGGCCGCUUGCCCGCCAGCCCCAGCCCUCGGCGGCAUAGCUGCUCGCUCCAGUUGCUCGUAGUAGCUGUUGGGGGUGGGGGAGUUUGGGGUCUCCACUUGAUGCCUAUAGAAUGCUGCAGUCUGCACCUUAGACGCUUUUUAGAAGUUUUGGAAUUACCUUGAAUUUUUUUAAUUGUUACGGGAAAGAAAAUAAAAACUAAUAACAAAAAACACACAACCAAACGAAUAUUUUCUUGGGUUCUCUCCCACCUGCUCUGUUAUUGGGAGAGAACCCUCAUUCCCACUUCACCCCACCCCACUCUGAUGGAUAGACCAUUCUCCCUACACCAGCUCAAUCAACAAAUGUCAAGAUUAAUAAAGAAAUGGACUCAUGUAAA